AUGCGGGUUUUCCUGACACCUACGAACCACAACCAAGUGAUAGCCCAACAGAAAACGUUCAAGGAGUCCUUGUUGAUGAACUUGAGGAAGAAGAUGUAAGAUUGACAGAAUUCUUGACAGGAGUUUGUGAAGAAGAGCUCAUGUACAUGGAACAGCCUCUCUUUGAAGCAAGUCAAGAAGUGUGGAACUUGAAUGAAGAUGAAAUAAAUCAUGACUUUACGCCAACUUCAAAUGGACAAUCUCCUAUGUACCAUGAUGUCAGAGAGGAUAAUGCAAUGCACAUAAUCCAGUGGAUGAUGAUAUUYUUGUGUAUGUGGUCAUCAUACUGCUAUGUGUCAGAUCACGCAAUGGAAAUUCUAAUUAGUUUCAUUGGAGCAGUAUUCAAGGCUCUUGGCUCCCUUUUCCCAGCAUUUGCUGGUAUGGCUCUGUUAUUUCCCAAUUCAUUAAAUGCAUUGAAAUGCAAAUUGGGUAUGAACAAAGAUGAGUUUUUAAAAUUUGUGGUUUGUCCAAAGUGUGAGACUCUGUAUGAUUUUGAUGAGUGCUAUGAAGAAAGAUUUGGACGAACAGUGAUAAAAAAAUGCCAGUUCAUCAAUAAUGAAAACCACAGACAAGCAUUUAGGAGAACUGUAUGCAAUGAACCUCUUUUAAAAGAAGUAAUCCUAAAAAAUGGAAAGAAGAGAUUCUACCCUUUUAAAGUCUUCUGCUACAACAGUAUUAUAGACAGUUUAAAGAGAAUGGUUGCCAGACAGAAUUUUUUAUCUAACUGUGAACAGUGGAGAACAAGGAAUGUUCCACAAGGGAUUUUGACUGACAUUUUUGAUGGUAAAGUCUGGAAAGAUUUUUUGUAUAUACAAGGACAACCCUUCUUAGCCAAUCCUCAUAACUUUGCCUUCAUGAUGAAUGUUGAUUGGUUUCAGCCCUUUAAACAUUCCCUGUAUAGUGUUGGAGCUAUAUACAUGGUCUUCAUGAAUUUGCCCAGAGAAUUGAGAUUCAAACCAGAGAACAUUAUACUAGUAGGGGUUAUACCAGGYCCCCAUGAACCAAAACUGACAAUAAAUACUUAUCUUAAACCGCUUGUUGCUGAGCUAAAUACUUUGUGGAAAGGACUAGAAAUUCAUUCAUCAGAAGCUGGUGGUAUCCUAACUAUUCAUGCAGCACUUUUGUGUGUAGGCUGUGAUGUUCCUGCAGCAAGGAAAGUAUGUGGAUUUACAGGACAUGGAUCUUGCCAAGGGUGUUCAAAAUGUAAAAAAGUGUUUACUGGAAAUGUGUCAGAGAGAAUGGACUUCUCUGGUUUUGAACCUUGCCCUCCACGGACAAAUGAGGAGCAUCGAAAACAGGCACAGGAUAUUUUAAACCAAACUUCUGCCACAGAUAAAYCCUCUAAAGAAAAAGAGUAUGGUACAAGAUUUACAGAAUUGAUGAUGCUGCCUUACUUUGAUUGUGUUCGAUUCCACAUCAUCGACCCAAUGCACAAUCUUUUUACAGGAACUGCGAAGCAUAUUAUGAAAAACAUUUGGCUUGAUGAUUCCUUGCCAYUUAUUGAGAGAAAGAAACUUGAGCAAAUCCAAAAGAAAAUAGACAAAAUUAUUGUCCCAUCAAGUGUUGGUCGUUUACCAAAGAAGAUCUGCAAUAGCUAUGGUGGUUUCACUGCUGAUCAAUGGAAAGCGUGGACCAUCAUCUACUCAAUUUAUGCACUUUGGAAUGUUCUUCCACAAAAGGAUUUAGAAGUGUGGCGCAAUUUUGUUUUGGCAUGUAGUAUUUUGUGUACCCCAAUCAUAACAGAAACCAAAGCUCGACUGGGACAUCUGCACCUGAUGUCGUUUUGUAAGGAGUUUGAAAAGUUGUAUGGUAGCACAAAGGUGACACCCAAUAUGCAUCUACACACUCACAUUUUACAAUGUAUUUUUGACUAUGGUCCUGUCUAUUCUUUUUGGCUAUUUAGUUUUGAAAGAUAUAAUGGUAUUUUGGGUGAGUAUUCUACAAACCAGCGAUCCAUUGAGAUACAGAUUAUGAGAAAGUUCUUAUCAGAACAAUUUGUCAAAGCAAUCUCUCUACCUACUAGUUAUAAAGACAUUUUUGCUCCACUUUUGAGCAAAUUGAGAUCCAGUACAAUCGGAACUGUAAACUCUGCGGUUUAUGAUAGUUSAUCAGACUUAGUCAUCAAGCAAAGUCUUCUUUCUAUUGGUCCAGUGAGAAAAGGACUGUUCUGGAUAAUUSCAGAUCAAGUAGAUUUYAUGACAUGUAUACCACCUAUAUUCAAGACUUCUAUUGCAAUGGACUCUCUCCCAUAUUUGAAAUCUUCAUAUAAAUCUUUCUUAAGUGGUGUUGAUGAGUCAUCCGUGACUGCCUCAUGUGAAGUUAUUUCCAGCAUACRUGUUGCAGGUGAAAUAUUUGGAUCUCUAUCAUCAAGGCAUUGUAGAUCUGCUUACAUUUUGGCUGCUUGGUGUGGUUUAAAUGGACGAGUAGAUUCUUCUGGUACAAACCUUCGUCCAGGUGUUAUUCAACACUUCUUACAGCAAAAUGUUCAUGUCAAUGGUCAACUUGAAACCUGUAUCUUAGCUGAAGUAAAAUGGUUCCAGGAACACCACAAAAGACAUAAAUUAGGAGCCCYAGUCCAAGUAUGGUGCAAAGACCACUAURAAAUAGAUGGUCCUGCAGGCUUCCUGCCACUACAGAGAAUUCACUCUAAAUUUGUACCAGCAUAUGACACAAUUGACAAUGAAAAUGUAUUAGUCGUGUGCCCUCUGCCUCGUAAAUUACAAUGCUGAUUUGGCAUAUCAUGAGUUUGCAAUGUGAACACAGAUCAAUUCUGGCAUCAUUUAGCAAAUUAUUGUAGUAACAAGGGGAUAAGAAGUAGUCUUUAGACGCUAUGUAAUAUUGAACUUUGUAUAUACAUUUUAGUUUGUUGCUGUUGAUUCAUUA